AUGCCAGACUAUACAGACCCCGCUCGCGUCAACCAGUAUGACUCUAGCACACACACCCGGAAGGGGCUCAACACCCGCGUCGUGAUUCGCGAGAAGCCGUUUGUCAAGUCACGUUCGCAGCGACUCGUCGACUUCCUGCGUCCCUCCACGCGCAUUGGCUUUAACGUGGUGCAGGGCUUUGAGCUAGCAAAGAUGAUGGUGUGCAUUGUUUUCCCCGUCUUCCUGAUGCUGUACGCGAAGCGUGUGCAGCAGCGGCUCCCCGACCAGUGGGAGAGCCAGUUUGGCGGCCUGCAGCACCGCCAGCUGAAGGAGGAUGUGGUGCCGGAGACAGACACGGACUACUUCACGAUCAUCGACACAUUCAAGGAGCGGCGCGAGAAGGCGCUGCAGAAGAAGCAGAUGGAGGUGCGGGGUGCGAGCCCCAACGCGGAGAAGUCGGCAUGA